UAAACCGCCGUGCAUUGUGGGAAGGUGUACCCGCGCAAAUCAAGUGACAGUCAUUUCUAGUCAAGAUGGCGGAGGAGAUGUGGCCGUGCGCUGGGCCGUCGGUUUGCCGCCCAAAUUUCGCCAACAGCAUGGACAACAGAGGUCCCAGUGUCAGUUCACCAGCUCGAGCUGGACCAUCCCUAAGUGAAGCUGGACCAUCUCUAACUGAAGAUGAACAGUGGGUAGUGAUGCAGCUGUCCCAAGUCUUCCCACACCUCAGCCAUAGGGUUCUACGUGCUGCCGUCACUGCCGACGACCAGGCAGAACUGUUAGCCAAGCACAUCCUGCUGAACAGGUGCAUCGACAGUCUGCUGGAGAAGCAGGGCUCGCCCAUCAGCAUUUCUGACGGUGAGGAUGAAGACGUCCCCACAGGUGACUCCACCUUGGAAGACCUGGCUGAAGACAUCGUUGAUCUGACCACGAACCCAGGAGUGGAAGUGGGGAACCAGGAAAACCCCAUCAUAGAUGCAGAUGCUCAAGUUAAUCGAGGUGGAGCAAGGAAGAAAAAGGUGUUGCAUCCUGCCCCUGUUCUGAUCAAUAGUUCCUCCUCCUCCGACGAAUAUGAUGAUCUAGAUGAUCUAGAUGAUAUAGAUGAAGAAGAUGAGCCAGUGGUGCCCCCAGCCCCAGUACCUGUCGUACAGCAGCCUCCCACACUGGAGGAGCAACAAGCUGGUACAGUCGCACAAGUGGUGGAGAUGUUUCCAGACGUGGAGGCAGGCUAUGCUCGGGACCUGGUCAACAGAUUCUGGAACGUUGCACACCCACUCAACGGUUGCUGUGAGUACCUUCUGGAACACCCAGACUACCCAAAGGCUCCGGUACAGCAACCUGCAGCAGCUGCUGCUGCUUCCAAAGCUCAGGAAAAGACAAAUAAGGACUUCUUUAAGGAUUAUUCCACUCCAGUGUCCCAGGUAUAUCGGAUGCAGGUUGCGACAACUCUGCAUAACGAAUACAGGAGGAUUUCUGUGAAAGACAUCCGCACCAUUUUGUGCUUCUACAAGUUUCACUACGCUCCGGCCAAGAAGUUCAUCCAGGAAAACAUCCUCGCCAAACUUCCAGAUGCAGUUGUUGCUAGUCCCCAGCCAAGGGUCAACCGGAGAAAAAGCAACGAGGUUCCCAGUUCCCAGUGUGAGGUCCAGGUUAAACUGGAGGAUGGGAAUGAUGCUCUACACAAGCGAAGUUUCAGCGUCAGGCUGCUGAAACUACCUCGUGUAAAAACUACCAUGGCCGUACACGGUGAGCUCUGCAAGGAGCUGAAGGAAGAGAUGGACUUUGUAACGGAGAGGACCAGGCAGCAAAAAGAGGAAGCAGACCACCUUCUGGCACUGAGGCUAAACGAGGAGCAGUACGAAGCUGCAGGGCAGAUGUCGUAUGCUGAAGCAGACCACCUUCUGGCACUGAGGCUAAACGAGGAGCAGUACGAAGCUGCGGGACAGAUGAUCGAGUGCGGCUGCUGCUUCGGAGAGGUCACAUUUGAGGACAUGGUUCAGUGUUACGAGGGACAUCUGUUCUGCGCAGACUGUCUCAAGAACUACACUAAGGAGAAGGUCUUCGGUGCAGGACAGGCGUCUCUGAGCUGCAUGACUGACGGGUGUGACAGCACGUUUCCCAUGGGUCAGCUGGAGAAAGCCCUGCCUGAGAACAUGCUGAAGAAGUACCAGGAGAGGCUGGAGGAGGAGAACAUCAACCUGGCCGGGCUGGAUGACCUCGUACGGUGCCCCAGUUGUGACUAUGCUGCUAUCUUGGCCGCGGAGGACAAAGUUUUCCGCUGUCAGAACCCAGAGUGCAUGAAGCAAACCUGUCGGCACUGUAAGGAGGACUGGGCGGAGCACUUUGGCAUCCCGUGCCAGGAUUUGGAGAAGGCAGACGACACAAAGUUCAGGACAUCAAUAGAAGAGAAAAUGACGGAAGCCAAAAUCAGGACGUGCCACCAGUGCAAAGCCAGCUUCACAAAACACGAUGGGUGCAAUAAGAUGACCUGCCGCUGCGGAGCCAAGAUGUGCUACGUUUGCCGCAAGCCCAUCAAGGACUACAACCACUUCUGUCGGCACGCCAGGAACCCGGGAGAACCCUGCACCGUGUGCACCGCAUGCUCUCUCUGGACAAGCACAGAGGAAGACGAUGAGAGAGCCACGGAGGAAAUUCAGAAGGCAGCAAGAGAACAGAAAAAGGCAGAAGGGAAGGACAGGGUAGCAGACAAACUCGGACCGCCUCCAGAGCCCAAGAGGCCACGGAUCGAGGUGGUACCGCCGCCGGGGGCCGGUCCCGUCAGAGCUGGCCCUCCCCAGGGGGUCGGGUUUAAUCCGCGUGUGGUGGUCGGGCAGAACCAGCCGCCAAUGCCUGGAGUUCCCAUGCCGCCGCCACCUCACCUGCCGGGCAACCAUCAUCCCUUUGUCCAUCAGCAGCCUCCACACAUGGGCCCGGCACAUCUUCCGCCGCCGCCGCACUUUGGAGCGCUGCCCCAGCCGCACAUGCCUGUCAAUCAUCCUGUCCCACCACAUCAGCCCCAUGUCCACAACAAUGCUGCUGCACAUGCACAUGCACAGCAGAUGUAUCGUAUUCAGCAGCGGCGAGAGGAAAUGGAGGAACGGAUUCGGCGUGACAGAGAGCAAAACAGGCAGCUCAUCCGUCAGCAGAUCGGCAACAUCCAGCACGACCUCGAAAACUUCCAACACAGAAUGCACGAAUUCCACCAGAACGUUAACCGUCAACAGGUGAUGGCGCCAAUGGCGGGUCCACCCCAACACCACGGUCCCGUAGAAUUCCUCUAGCUGGCCAAAGUGGCAUUGUUGCAAUCAAGCUUCUUGCUCCUUAGCAACUCGUAAUUCGAACAGGGCUCCCUCCAGUCCUUCCAUCUGGGCCUGAAAUUUGCUUUUUGUGACAGACAAAAAUUCUACACCAUCCGUCCCCAAAAUCUGGACGUCAUUACAUAAAGUUAUUGAAAAUGUGUUUUCAUAAGCUUAAAAUGACAGAUUGAACAAGGAAAAUCAACAACGUGGACUCCCAAAACAAUGAGAGGGACAGAAAAAAGUUAAAGCCGGAGACAGCCCUGAAUUCGAAUUAAAAAAAAGGUUGCAGAAAAUUAAGAGAGUGUUCCUUUGCAAUCGUGGCAUCGUCGCAAUCGAAUUUCAUAAAAAAGGGAAGGUUGCAAAAAGAACAGUUAGUGUGGAUUGUUGCAAUACAAAGAGAGGCUCCUGUCCACUUAUCCUUCCAUGUGCCUAAGUGUGAAUAAGUACUUAAGACCAAAUGCUGAUGCCUUCCAGGAUAUUACCUUGAAAGUUCAUCAAGUUGAUGUUGAUAGAAGUAAUUCUGGAUCAAAGAUGAACUUAAGGUUCCGGCUUGGACUUGCAGAUUUUUUGUUAAAGUGUCCAACUUCAGUCUUUGUAAAGGAAAGAGCAAUCGACUGCUUCUGAGACGUCACAUAAUGCAGAUAAAACAUUUUAUUUGGUGACCAGUGAUCUCAGUGACCCAGGUGAGUUAGUGAGUGAGAUCUCGAGUUGCAGAAAGUCUGAUGCGCCACCCGUCUGUGGCAAGGGAUAUUAUUGAGGGCUUCAUCAGACUCAUCUCUCAAAUCGCUAGGCUAACUAAUUGCUUUCCCAUGACACAUUUUAGAGGUACGUAUGGAACAGUGCCUUGCAAGUUCUCACUCACUCAUCCUCGCCGCACAUAAGUCUUAGCUGAGGUGGGCUGUCAAUGUUCUCCAAGUUGCAAAAUGUAUUACCAAUUUCCACUGUCAGAGAAAAACAAAAGCUAAGUCAAUGUCAAGUAUUUGAGAUCAUUUUCUAUUUGAAGGACCCCAUUUUGGAAGAGACACAUUUCUAUCUUUUCACCCAAAUGCGAACGAGUUUUCUAGCUACUAUGUCUAUCACCCAGUUGUCAUUAACUUUAAAAGAAAACAUAAACUUUCUUCAAAUGACAUGGUUACAAAAAUAGUUGACUUAAAGAUUUGUAACUGGCCUCUAAUUUUGUGUCCUUCUCAUUCCCUAUUUGAAAAGAUAACCAGUGUUGUACAUCUACAUUAUUAUUGCAUUGUCUUGUGUUUUUUUCUUUUGUUUUGAAAAACCAAAAAUAUAUAUUAUAUGUAGAAAUAGACUUUCUUUAAAAUUUACUAAUAUUUCUUAUAUUCUUUGUUGCGUUUAAAUUGUUUCAAAAGGCUGUAUAUUAUUUAGCCCGUUGUUAAUGUUCUUCAAGUUACGAGCAUUAAGUUAUUUUUGUACUGUUGUUUCCAUGUAAAGUAAGAGAACAAUGUUCUAGUUUCCUGAAAGGCACCAAGCAGACUUGUUAAACGUAUCACCUCAAGUCUUCCAGGGGUUUGGCAAACGUUCCAACUUCUAAGCUAUGCAGGAAAUUCAGAUACAUACACCACAAGCUAAAGAUGACAAGGAAAACAUUGGAUCUUGCACAUUCUCGCCAAAGGUUUUAUAGAUAAACUGUUAAAGUCAACAAAUAGCUACCACUGGUUUACUUAGUACUUAAAACUUACAUACUCCUACUCAUAGUCUUGUCCAUGGUAUAGGUAGGAUAUACCUUGAAGAGGCACUGCUAAACUCGGCUGAAAUUUCUUCUUGCUUGUGUGUGUUAAUUCUGUACAGUAUGGUGUCUAACCAGCUGUCUGCCAAUCAGAGAGUCAGCAAAAUGUUUUCUUCAGGUAAAGCUGAUUCUUUGAUUGGCUGACAGCUAGUUAGAGCCCUUGCCCACAAGUUGAAACUUCAGCCUGGUUUAGCAGGUCUCCCAACUUACAGGCUAUGGCCAAUGCUCUCCUAUGAGAAUGAACAGGAUAGAAGUAGAAAUAUGACUACAAACAUUUGUAUGUUCAUAGAUAUUGUACCUGCUUCAGCUUUGGACUGAAGAUCUUGCCCUGUGUCUCAAUAUUGAUGUUCUGUCUUGUCCAUUCCUUUUGUCAGAUAUUGAAAAAAGAAAAUGUCUUCUUGUUGUAUGUCU